GAAGCCGCUGCUGUUUCCGCUGUUUGUAGCUGCAGGCAGCUCUGCUGCUCAGGAACAAAGAUAUACAUGUACACACGGAUCUGGAGGAAACGUAACUAUUACCAAUAGUGUAGCUCUGUAACUGCUUCGAGGAGAAGGAGGUUUUCAACAACGUUUCAGUUCCACCUGCCUUGAGGAACUUCAGCAGAGUUGGAUCGAGUGAUGCUCAAGAUAAACAAUCAAGCUGCCCCUCUAACUUCUUGUGCACGUUGGUAAAUCUUUGAAGAACCAUCUGCAGCUCCUCUGACAUGGAUGUGAGCAUUGCAGUGUCGCUGAUUCGGGGCCAGAUGGGCACCGUAGUGGAGCGAGCAGUGAAUGUGGCGGUGGAGACGGUGCUGGCUGAGAUGCUCAAAGUAGUCGGAGCCAAAUUUGAGGAGCUGAAAUCUCAGGUGGUGCUGAUGAAAAGGGACCUUGUGACGCUGCAGAGAGAGAAGGCUCUAAAAGAGAAAGAGAACGACAACAUUCGAGCCAAAUUGCGCUACACCGAACUGAAGCUGAAGUACUACCGGCAAGGAGUGGAGGAGGAGCUGCAGCAGAGAGCCUCCUCAUCCACUCUAGUCCGCAUCCACCCGCCUAACUUCAGUCGAUCACAGAGGGCUGAGGCUGGCGCUUCCCCUACCAAGCCCUCCCCAUCAUGCUCAGCUCAGAGAACUGCUGGCGGAGCACCGACGAGGAGCAGCCAAGUCCCAGAAUGCACCUCUUCGCAGAGUGUGAGCGGGCCUGCAGUCAGAGUGCGCUGUCCUUCAGAUGUGGCUGACUCAGAGUUGUCUGACCUGGUCCUGCCCGUCACACUGGCUGUGAAGAAACCUGCUGAAUGUCAGGACAGCACAGUUCCCUUGUGUCAAACAGAGCGAGAUGCAGCUCACAGGAAGGAUGUGGAUCGGGAGGACAAGUGUGAGUGGACCACCGCUGUGCGUCCCAGCACAGAUGGCAUGAGCGCUGGAGUAGCCCCUCAUCCGACUGGCCUGACUCUAGAUGCAGGGCAUCAGCCAGCUGCAGCAUCACGGUCCCCAGAUGUCUCGGCUCAGCCGGACAGCUCCAAUCCGCCGCCUUCAGCUUUGGAGGUGAAGGUUGAGGUGCUGCAGCCGCAAGAGGAAGAGGAGGAGGUGAUCUGUAUCAAGGAGGAGCCGGAGGAGGAGCAGGAGGUGAUGGCCACCCUGCUCCUGGACUGUCGGGUGCAGCAGAGUCGUCUUCCAGAGGCAGAGCCUCAAAGGUUGGUCACAGAGUGGUCGAGACCUCUAGCAAGUCAGAUAAAUCCUAAUGCUGCCUUCAGCUCAGCAGGACCGAGCACCUAUGCCCUGCCUCAGCUGGCCUCCUUCCUGCCGUCCACGGCAGCCAACCCCCCCGGAGUCUCCCAGCGACAGGCGGCGCGGCCCUGGACCAAAGACCUGAGCAUUUACGAGGAAUUCAAACUGCGCAGGAACGAGCUCCGCAGGCGAAACCUGAACAGACGCAGAGAGCUGGAAAAAUCCCUCCCUCAACCGCUGCUGGCAGAUCUAGUGCGAGAGCGUCGGGAAAAGACCAGACUGAGGGUGGCCAGGUGGAGGGCAAAGAGGAAACUGCAGGCUUGUCUGAACCAGGCUCAGGCUCAUGGUGGCGUUGCAGGUCUCUCUCAAGCUGGUUUUCCUGCCAGCAGUCAGCCUCAGCAACUCAGAGUUCCUUGUGCCUCCAGCAACCAGCAUGGACAGAACCUGGUGGCCUCUCAGUCCAGCAGCUUCCUCAGCAACAUGUCUGCCAUGCUGCCCCUCAUGCCCUCGUCUUCUUCCUCCUCCGUGCUCCUGCUAGCUCCCAACAGGGCUCCACACGAGCACGCUGUAACGUCGUCCUCCUCCUCGUAUCCUCAGGUCAGCCUGUCGCAGCAGGGCAUCACGCUGACCGACCCCGACACGUUGCAGUGAACUCAACACAGAUCCAGCUCAUUGAGUGACAGAAGAGCUCACUGGAGCUUUAUUUAGCACACAACUUAACAUUUCAGUCCAUUUUCCUCCAAUUUACAAGCACUUUAUUCCCACAUUUAUGUCUUGACAAAAAAAAAAAAAAGCACCAUUUUUACUUUGCUGUGAAAAACAUGGACGUUAUCUUUUCUGUAUGUCUUCAGUAUCGAUGUUAUGAAGUUCCAUAUUUAAAAUAUUAAUCUGUAAAUAUGAUCUUCAGGGUUCACAUGGUUCAUUUUAAAGUGACAGGUCAGAGGCCCCAUCCAGUUACGUUGCUUUCUCUUUGUGGGAUUUCUUGCACCGUCACCUUCUUGCUGCCGUUUCAGGAGGGGGGAACCCACAGAUUCACCUCUUGAGAUGCUGUGUAUGAGUGAGUUUAAAACUCAGCACAUAUUUUGGGAUUUUACGAGCAGCUCAUCACAAACACAAUCAAUCCCACAUGCAGGAAUGCAACACAUCUGGAAGAAGAGAUGGCCAACCCUAAGCCCCUUCUUUGACUCUUGUGGAGUCGAAACAUGUUCAAGACUGACCAGUAACACGGAUGUGAAACGGGGCUCGUCAAGUUCUGCUCAGUUAUAACGACUGCAGUUAAGACUUUCAUCGUGUCAAUAACCUGAAACAAGUUUGUUUUUUGUUUCCAAAACUACACGUUACUGACUAUUGUAGCCUAUUUCCUUUUUUUGUCAACGAUUUCCAUUAAAAAAAAAAAUGUGAAAAGUG